AUGUAUAAAUCGAACGAAGAUUGUUUUUAUUUUCUUACAUCAUCCUGUGCAAAAGGUUCAUCAUGUACAUAUCGACAUAGUCCAUUAGCUUUAACAUGUAACGUUAUCUGUCCAGGUUGGCUACGUGGUAAUUGUCCUGAACCUGCUUGUCCAUUUCGUCAUAGUACUACUCAGCGUCCAAUGAUCAGUAAUGGCAUAUUAUGUUUCUAUGAAAACACAGCAACAGGUUGUUUGAAACUUGACUGUACAUUUAUUCAUUCACGUCCACGAAUGAAUUUACGAAAUACAUCAAUAAUUCGAUCUACAUCAACAAAUCUUAUUAAAAAAGAUGCAAUUAAAUCUAUUGUUAAUAAUACUCCUUCUAUUGGAAUACCACAAACAACAUCUGUUUCUAAUGCUAAUAUCAAUUCUUCUCAACCAACAAUCAGUGAAACACAAUUAGUCAUGCCAAUUAAUACAAUCGAAUCAUCAUCAUCAAAUUCUGACACAUCGUUACCCAUACUUAAAACUGAAACGAUUACACGUCGUAUUGCGGUACCGUCGGAUAUUAAUCAAUCAAAUGAUGAUAAGAAUUUAUCAGACAACAACAAUAAUACUAAUAAUAAUAAUCCAAGUUUGAAUAAAUCCACUAUUCGUAGUGUAAUUACAGAUUCUCCAGACGCCAAUCAAGAAGAAAUAACAACAACACAAUCACGAUUAGGUGUUAACCGAAAUGUUGUUAUUGCUGAAACAACUUCUGUUCCAAAGCGAAAAAUUGUUCGAACAACAUUAUCAUCCUCAUCAUCAUCAAAUCGUGUUGUUGUUUCAUCUGAUAGUAUUAAUUCAUCUGAAAAAGAUAGAAAGACUGACAUUGAUUUGGUCGGACAAGAAAAUGAUACAAAAAAAAUUAAACAAGAUUCUAAAUCAACUGUUGACAUUCCAUUUGCUUGUUCAACAUCAUCGAUUACUAAUCGUUUGUUAUUAAUGUCAUCAAAAGAAGAAACAACGUCAACAAAUGAUACAAAACCAAUACGAUUAAAACGUGAUCGUUUGGCCGCAACAAAAACAUCCAGUGGAAACGCACCUAUUUCUGUUUCCAUAUCAAUAAAUGAAGAAAAGACAUCUGCGGGAUUAGCCUUGUUACAAGAUGUUGAACGUCGAACAAUGCGUAUUGAACGUUUCCAGAAAAAACCAAUCUCUCCGCCUCGAUCAAUUAUUAGUUCUACUUCAAUAACUGCAAUGGAUAAUACGAAUAUUAAUUUAUCUACUAAUCGUAAUGUCAUUACAUCAUCUUCUAAUGAACGUAAACGUACGGCACCAGAUACAACAAUCGAAGAUACACCACCAUCAAAACGUAUUUCUACUUCAUUAUCACAACAUCAAUCUUCUCUUCAUCAAGAGAUCUCAUCCCUCAAUACAACUACACAUUCAUCUGCAUUAUUAUCGAGUCAUGAUAAAAAUUCGGCAAAACAAACCGAUGAAUCAAAUGCAAGAAUUUCUCAAAGCAAAAACUCUUCAUCGACUACACUGGUGCCACAUCAACCAGUAACUUCUUUCUCUGUACGUCCACGUUUUACACCGCAAUUGAUUGUUGCACCCUCUUUGCAAUCAUCGUCAUCAACAACAACAAUAAAAAUACCACGACCACGACAACCACCAUCAGUUGUUAUUAAACGACCUUUAGCUCCAAUGAUGACUUCUUCUCAAACAUCAACAAAACGUAUUGAACAAAUACCAUUAAGUGUUCCCGAUAGUAAAAGUUCUCCUUCUAAACGAACUACGGAAUCUCAAUUAUCAAAUAUUCCAAAUCAAGAUGAUGAAAAUCAAUUACUCAAACCGAAUGAAUCUAAUGAUGUUGUUGAUACAUUUGCAUUAAUUGAUGAAGCUUUACUUGAAGCUGAUCAUCUUCUAGAACUUUUGUGA